AUGGCGUCCUCUAACAAUCCUCGCAAAUUUAGCGAAAAAAUUGCUUUGCAUAACCAGAAACAAGCGGAAGAAACUGCAGCAUUCGAAGAAGUCAUGAAAGACCUGAACAUCACCAGAGCUGCACGGUUGCAGUUACAGAAGACCCAGUAUUUGCAACUAGGGCAGAAUCGUGGACAGUACUAUGGAGGCUCACUGCCCAAUGUCAAUCAGAUUGGAAAUGGCAACAUUGACCUGCCUUUUCAGAAUUCUGUGUUGGACACCAGUCGCACAACCAGGCACCACGGUUUGGUGGAUCGUGUUUACCGUGACCGAAAUCGCAUCACGUCUCCCCACCGCCGACCUCUUUCAGUUGACAAACAUGGACGCCAAAUCGACAGCUGCCCCUACAGCUCAGUUUACCUUUCCCCACCACCGGACACAAGCUGGAGAAGGACAAAUUCAGACUCUGCCUUACACCAGAGUACUAUGAAUCCGAAACCUCAAGAGGUGUUUGCUGGAGGAUCACAGGAGCUUCAACCUAAACGAGUGCCUGGGACAGAGAGCUUGGAGACAAAUGCAGACAACGGUGCACAGAAACAGCUAUGGGAUGACAAAAAGGUGGAUUCACCAAACCAGACCACAUGUGAUGUGCCAGGUAUCAACAUUUUCCCAUCACCAGACCAGGAACCAAACCCUGUGGUGCUGCCGGCUGCACAUAACACAGGCGGCUCUUUGCCUGAUCUCACCAACAUCCAGUUCCCUCCCCCUCUGUCCACCCCACUGGACCCUGAAGACACAGUUGCCUUCCCAUCCCUCAGCUCGUCCAAUAGCACAGGCAGUCUGACGACCAACCUCACCCAUCUAGGCAUCAGUGCAGCCAGCCAUGGGAUCACUACUUCCUCCCAGCCAACGAUGACUGUAACAGAACAGCGACGCCAGCCACCCGUGGUGCCACUUACACUAACCACUGACCUCCGUCUUCAGAACUCCACACAGCAGUUAUCACCCACACUCUCAUCACCUGUUAACAUCACUCAGAUAUUUCCAACAGAACAGCAAAGCCUGGAGCAACAGCUUUCCCAGUUUCCUCUUUUCAACCAUCUGAGUGCUCAGGCCCAAGCUCAGCUGCUCAGCGACCUGCAGAAGCAACCACCCCAGGGUAUCCAGCUCAUCACCUUGCCUACUCCACCCGCCACAGUCCCCGCUACUGCCAACAGCCCAUCCUCGGACAGCCAGACCUCAGCCAGUAUCAGCUCGUAUCGCAAUCAGACUGGCUCACCAGCCACUCAGUCUCCAACCUCCCCAGUCUCCAAUCAAGGCUUCUCCCCUGGCGGCUCUCCUCAACACAUUCCUGUGGUGGGCAGCAUAUUUGGCGACUCCUUCUAUGAUCAACAGGUGGCAUCAAGGCAGACCAACGCUCUGUCUCACCAGUUGGAGCAGUUCAACAUGAUUGAGAACCCCAUAAGUUCAACCAACCUGUACACGCAGUGCUCCACCCUCAACUAUACUCAAGCUGCAAUGAUGGGUCUUAGCAGCAGCAGCCUACAAGACUCUCAGCAACUUGGCUACAGUAGCCAUGGCAACAUUCCCAACAUAAUCCUAACAGUCACAGGUGAGUCUCCGCCGAGCCUCUCCAAAGAGCUCACCAAUUCGCUGGCAGGCGUUGGUGAUGUCAGCUUUGAUGCAGACUCUCAGUUCCCUCUGGACGAGCUAAAGAUUGACCCCCUCACCCUGGAUGGGCUGCACAUGCUCAAUGACCCCGACAUGGUGCUUGCUGACCCCGCCACCGAGGACACAUUCAGAAUGGACAGGCUGUGA